ACAACUCAUUAUUUGCCACACGACUGGUUUCAGUCCCAGCAGGCCUUGUCAAAGGUUUCGCUAGAGGAUUGAAACCUUUCACCCAUGGUAUGACGUCAAUGUUUCACCUAUGGUAUGACGACUAGCCUAUAAGGAAGUCAAAUAUGAAACCAAAUGUAGACAGGAAGAGUGCCUUUGUGGCGGGGCUGUGUCUAUUGCGAACUGGCGUCAAAGAGUUUGUUCUGCAAGGAAGAAGAAAAACAAAAUCAUAAACAAUUAGGAAUAAUCUGCAGAAAUGUCCGCGGACCUGGCACGAAUGCGCAAGCUGUUUAUCGACAAGGUGUCUUUGCCAGUUGUCAAACAGCUGUUGGACGAUCUUGUUGAGGACCGAGUCUUAAAUGAAGAGGAGAAGGAUUCGGUAUUGGAAGAAAACAAGUCAAAGGCAGAUAAGGCGCGCUGCCUUAUAGACAUGGUUAAAAAGAAGGGCGACAAAGCUUCUCUGAAGAUGAUCCAGCACAUUAAAGAGAGAGAUGAAAACUUGUACGAGGUGUUACAACCUCAGCAAGCCCCUGCACCAACAGUUUCAGUUCCAUUACCCCAGAGCCAGGUCUCAAGUCAAGAUGAGUUCAGUGUGUCAGCGGUCCUCAUUCCUACAACUGAACAGUUUAAGUCAGCAAAACUCCAGGAGGGAAACAGAAUCUACCCACCACGGAACAAGAAUGAACGGAAGCGGCUCGCACUGCUCAUAAACAAUGUACACUUUGAAACCAGCGGAAUGCACCGACGAGGCUCGGAGAAGGACGAGGAGAGAAUGGAGGCUCUGCUGCAGAACCUGGGGUACGACGUCAUAAAAUACCGGGACCAGUCGGCAGAGGGGAUGGACAAAGCCGUCAAAGACUUCUCAGAAAGGAAAGAGCACGAACUGUCCGACAGCACCUUUGUGGUCAUGAUGUCCCAUGGGAAAAGGGACAACAUCAUGGGGGUUAAGUGGAACAGGGAUAGUCCUGAAUUGGAUGUAUUCCCUGUUGAUAAGAUUUACAAGUACCUCAACACCACCGGUUGUCCUGGACUGCGCAACAAACCAAAAGUCAUUCUCAUUCAAGCCUGCAGAGGAGGUGAUAGUGGACUUGUUUGGGUACCGGAUGGCAUGCAGGAUGACGGGAUGGCCGGUAUACAGAGUGACGACAUGGCACACCAGGAGAAAGACUUCAUUUCCCUCCUCUCCUGUACGCCUGACACAAAAUCUUACAGGCAUGUGGAGGAUGGGUCAUUCUUCUUUCAGCGCCUUGUGGACGUUUUCAACACCCACGCUCACAAAGAACAUAUGGAAGAUUUGUGUACAAUGGUCAUGAGGCGCUUUGAGGACUUCCCAAGACAGAUGGUCUGUAAAGACAGGACCACUCUCACCAGACACUUCUACCUCUUCCCAGGACUGUGAAAGCACUACAGUAGAGUUCUCUGUUGAUUGGUAUUUUUCUCUUUUUUUGUCUUUUUUACUUUAUUUGAUAGGACAGUGUGAGAGGUGGACAGGAAGUGAU